AUGCAGGAUACUCGGAUCUUUGUGGGGGGUUACGCUGGGGGUGAGCCGUGGGGCGCAGUUUUGAGACGUCUCAAAACUGGUGGGAGUUGCGCUGCCAGCCCACGGCUCACCGGUGGUGAGCCGUGGGCGAAGGUGACCCCCUACAUUUAUGUUGAGCUCAUACAGCACAAGCAGAUCAAUAUUCCCUUCCCCCCUCUCUCUCCCCCAGCUCUUACUCUUCUUCUCCGCAGCACCAUUGAGCAUGAGCGGAUCAAAACCCCCCCUUCCCACCUCCCCCUCCCCCUCCACUCUCCACCUCCCACUCCUUCCUCCCCCUCUCCUCUUCUCCUUCUCCCCCUUCCCCCCCGCAGCACCAUGGUCAAGGAGUUGAGGUCCGGUGCGGACCGCCUGGGCACGCUGCAAUCACGCAGAGAAGCUGCAGCAGUGGUGAGAGGGAAGGACGUGCUGCAGAAGCUUUUCUACGACCUGUCAGAGAGAUACAAGGGGCAUCGAAAGUCCAUCCGUCUGCUGCACAUGGACCGUCCAGACGAGCUUCGUCGCAUCCGACCUCUCAUCAAUUCCCCUCAGGAGAAAUUAAGCUCCCGGGUGCUGUCUCUUCCUGUGUGUCUCUCUCUCUCUGCCUCUUCCCACCUCCCUCUCUCUGCCUCUUCCCACCUCCCUCUCUCUGCCUCUUCCCACCUCCCUCUCUCUGCCUCUUCCCACCUCCCUCUCUCUGCCUCUUCCCACCUCCCUCUCUCUGCCUCUUCCCACCUCCCUCUCUCUGCCUCUUCCCACCUCCCUCUCUCUGUCUCUUCCCACCUCCCUCUCUCUGUCUCUUCCCACCUCCCUCUCUCUGUCUCGUCCUACGCGUGUCUCCAUGCCUCCGCAGGUACAUCGAUCAACCCGAUGAGCUUCACCGCAGCCGCCCCCCUUCAGUCCCUCCACCUCCCUCCAAGCCCCAGGCCCCCUAGGUACAUUGACCGGCCAGAUGAGCUUCGUCGCAGCAGGCCCCCAUCGAUUCCACCACCUCCAUCUGAGCCGAGGCCCCCUGGGUGCUCUUUGCCCUCAGAAGACACUGCCUUCACCCCCCCCCCCCCCCCCCCCCCCCCCCCCCUCUCCCCCUCCCUCCUCCUCCCACCGUCUCUCUGUGUCACUCUCUCGUCCAUGCCCCACCACCAGGUACAUUGA